GCCGACCGGCGACCGUCACGAUGUCGGUCGUCCCGACGACGCCAGCCGCGGCGGCCAGGAUCGCAAUCGUCUGUUCGGCCUUUCCUUGUCAGACCUGCGCACCAGCACAUCGCCAUAUUGCCGACGUCCGCUCUUCCGCGCGAUCCGAAAUAGACACGCGUUUGGAUAAAUUAUUGUAUUCGUUUUUCGGUACGUUCAGUUGUCAUUUACGUUCCCGCAGUCUCGACUCUUGUUGGGUGUUUUUUUUUUUUAAUUUUUUUUAUGUGUUUUCAACCACGAUAGAAUUAUAUUUGCAAAUUUUUUUUCCAGUCCGACAACUACUCAACGUACGCCCAGCCGCCAAAAAUGAGCCUGUUCCGUACGACCGUUAACAAACUCUUAGAAGUCAACCAGGUACGGCAUUACAAUAUUAUUAUCUUAUUGAUCAUUGCCCAUUCCCGCCGAAUCGAAAUUUUCGACCGUUCGUGUCGUCGCAAACGCCAAUCGGUGCCCAGGGAACCGUAGACCCGAGUAACGUUUCCAAAAUAACGAACGUACCGUGUUUACCUACUAAACUGACUCGUUGUCCUUGCUGUGCACAUCGUCGUUUUUCCGGUGAAAACUUGACCGAUGUGCACGUACGAUAAUAUUUUCCAUUUUCAGUGUAAUAUAGGUACUUGGUGGAAAUCUUCCCCGGUGGUUUUUUUUUUUACGACCAAUGUUAUCAACCAAAGACUUAACCUAACGUGAGCUCUAUUAGGUAAUUAUUUCAUCAAUGACCUACAUUAACCUUGAGAGAGCUACCUACCUUCGAACUAUAUUCAGAAAUUGGCAUGUUAUGUUUUUUAUUUUAGUUCAAUGAAUGAACAUUUUUCAACUUUUUAGGAACAUAUCCAAAUUUAAUUUUUAAUUUUUGAGGUCGUUGAUUGAUUAUUGAUUAUAAGUGGUACGCGCUUCUCUGAAUAUUUAAGAUUUUCUAGAAGUGUACACCUUUUUUUAAAAAAUAUUUCAAUUAUCUCUUUCCUUCAUUUUUAUUAAAACGAAAUGUCACCAUUUUCAACAAUGUUAUUUAUUUAUUUCAAAAACCAUAGUGGUAAAUAAAUAAUCUCUGUUUUUCUCGCGGGCAAUAUAGCAGCAAAACUGUGUUUUCCGAGUUCUAAUAGUAUUCUAGCUUUGAAAUAAUUUCAUCAAUAACUUUUAUUAUGUUUUCACAAAGGGGUUUUUUUUUUUUAUGUUAUCUAUUAAUCUAAUUCUUUUUGUACCUAAACAUUUGAAUUUUUUUUAAUUUCAAUAUAAAAUAUAUCAAUGCAAACAUAAAAACCAUCAUUAAUUUGGUGAAAUAUUUUUCGGUUUGUCUAUUUUAAAUAGAGUAGGUACUGUUGGAAUUCUGGAAACACAUAGAUGCUGUAUCUAUUAACUACUAGAAAGACAAGACAGCAAAACACUAUUGUAUAGUCCUACUAAAAAAAAAUACUAAGUAGGCAUUGUGAAUGCUUUAACAAUGAUCAUAUUUUGUAAAUCAGUAGGUAUUACGUUGGUAGUUGCCUGUAAUGCUAAUUUUAAUUGUAUACAGAUCAUUAUAAUGUCUAAUUAACUUCAAUAUACUUGAUAGAAUUAAUUAGUCACGUUUUUGUGUUAACAUUCAAAAAAAAUUUGGUAUUAUUUUUUUCUUAAGAUAAAAUAUGUCAAAUUAAAAAAGGAAAAGAAGUACCUAAGUACGAUAUCAAUACUAGUUAUAAGUUAUAUGAUGUUGAACUUGAUAUAUUAGUACAUUUUUCAGGAAAAUUCAUAGAUAUUUGAUACAUAUUUUGUUUAAUAAUACCUAAAAUAUCACAAAUCCUAAUUUGAAUUUUGAUAAUUGUGCAUAUUGGUUUAUUUACGGUAAAAAAAAUAUUUGCUUAUGAGAUGAGUAAAAAAAAAAAAACAAUUUAAACUUAUUAUUACCAAAUUAAUGAAUUACCAUUUUAAAUGUUAUGUAAGUUUGAUUACUUACAAACAAAAUUGAAAAUAUCAAAAUUACCAUAUUUUAUAAUAGAAGGUACUUAUAUGUAUGUGAAUUAUUACUGUGUAGUACAUGUCUAUAGCAUAGUUUGAUGUUUUUUUUAUUGCGUAUGUAUAUAUAUAUAUAUAUAUUAGUGAUUUAAGUUUAAAGUCUGAUUUAUUACUGUUUAUAAUAUAAAUAUUUUAAGUUCUAGUAAAAAUAAAAAGUUUGGACGAAGCAUACAUAUUUUUUUGUUCAUAUUUUACUAUUAAACAGUCUUGUUAUUUAAUCUGUUCAAUAUAUUUGUUUUAUAAAUGAAACUAUUAUACAUGUUUAUAGGUUGCUGUUCCAUUAUGGAGUGCUUCCCGCUCAAUGGCAAGUACUACUGAUCUCAAAAGUAUAGUUGCUGAAAAGUUAAAGCAGAGUGGAGAAGAAAUCAAAGCUUUCAGAAAGCAAAAUGGAGCUACUGUUGUUGGUGAUGUUACAGUUGACAUGGUAAUUAAAAACUGUAAUACUAGAACAAUAGUUCCUAUUAAACAUUUUACCUUUACAUGUGUUUAAUUUUCUGAAUUGUACAGAUGUAUGGUGGUAUGCGAGGUAUCAAAGCCUUGGUUACAGAAACAUCUGUAUUGGAUGCUGAUGAAGGUAUCCGUUUCCGUGGAUAUUCUAUUCCCGAAUGUCAAAAAUUAUUGCCCAAAGCACCGGGUGGUAAUGAACCACUUCCCGAGGGAUUAUUUUGGCUUUUGAUAACUGGUGAUAUUCCAACACCGGAACAAGUUAAAUGGUUGUCCAAAACUUGGGCUGAACGUGCUGAACUACCAUCACAUGUAGUCACCAUGCUUAACAACCUUCCUAAUACUGUACAUCCCAUGACACAAUUAGCAUCUGCUGUUGCUCUGCUCAACUCAGAAAGCAAAUUUGUUCAAUCUUACACUAAUGGAGUUCAUAAAUCCAAAUAUUGGGAAGUAAGUGUUCCUGGUUAUGUAUAUUAUUUUUAAGGCAUAUAUAAUACCAUGGUGUAGGUAGUGAACUUAUUGUUUUAUAGAAGUAUGUUCUACACUGAGCUACACCAAUACAUUAAUUUUUUUUAAAUUUUAAAGUAAUUUGUACUAUCUAGAAAAUCACUACUCUAUACUGAAUCUGAGUAAAAGUGUAUUAAUAUUAAUUAUUCAUUUUAUAUUCUUAUAUUAAAAUUACCUGAAUAACUUCCAUGAAAUUAUAUUUUUAUCAACACUAUUAUUAUUAAGGCCAUACAGAUAUAAAUAGAUCAAGGUAACAGGAAAUGAACUACUUCGAAAUAAUAAUUUUUACUGAUAGAUGUUAAAAUUUAAGUUUAAAAAUAAAACAUAUUUCAAUUGCAAUACUUAAAAAUUUUUAAAAUUAUAUAUUCAAUAAAAUGAUUUAUAACAAAAUCAUUUUACUUUUAAACAUUUGUUAGUUCCUUUAAAUACAUGGAAUCUGAUUAAAUAUGAAUGUGUAUUUAUUAUAAAUUUAACAUUUUUUCAUUGUUAAUUAGGACACAUACGAAGACUCCAUGGAUUUAAUUGCCAAGUUACCAGUGAUUGCUGCUACAAUCUACAGAAACAUCUAUCACGGUGGAAAGCAAGUUGGUACUAUUGAUACCGAACGUGAUUGGAGUGCAAACUUCACAUCUAUGUUAGGCGCCAAUGAAUCCCAAGAAUUUGUUGAGCUCAUGCGUUUAUACUUGACCAUUCAUUCCGAUCAUGAGGGUGGUAAUGUAUCUGCUCAUACAACUCAUUUGGUGGGUUCUGCCCUUUCUGACCCUUACCUAUCAUUCAGUGCUGGUAUGUGUGGUCUCGCUGGUCCUUUGCAUGGGCUUGCUAACCAAGAGGUAAUUAAAAUUUUCAUAAAUAUAUACUGUGGAUAUAAAAUCAAAUGUGUAAUAAUAUGUAUGACACAUUCCUGUUUACUUAUGGAAAUAAUAAAUUAUAUUCUAAUAACAUGUAGUGAAGCACAAUUAUCUUAUCUGAGUGAAUAAUGACAAGGAAAAUAAUUAUUUUUUAUUAUGAGUUGGCCCAUUUAUUCUGAUUUAGUAAUAAUCGUUUAUGUUUUUCAUUCCUUCUGAUGUCAUUGAGCAUUAUUAUUAUAGUUUAUAAUUGAAAAAUUACUCAUUAUUUCAAAGAAAUUAAUGAUCUUUAAAUGUAUUAUAUCGCAUUAUAUUAUUUUCCUAGGUUUUGGUGUGGUUGCAAAAAUUACGUAAAGAAGUUGGAGACUCUGUAACUAAUGACCAAUUGAAAGAAUUUAUAUUGAAAACAUUAAAAAGUGGACAAGUGGUACCAGGUUAUGGACAUGCAGUUUUACGUAAAACCGACCCACGGUAUACUUGUCAACGCGAGUUUGCUUUGAAACAUUUGCCCAAAGAUCCAUUAUUCAAAUUAGUAUCACAAGUAUUCGAUGUUGUACCUCCAGUACUUGGCGACCUUGGUAAAGUCAAGAACCCAUGGCCUAAUGUAGAUGCUCACUCUGGAGUUUUAUUACAGGUACAAGGAUUUAUCCAAACAUUGAAUAUAAAUUUAUGUUGUUAUAACUUAUUAAAAUGUUGAUUAAUAUUGAUUUUUUAGUACUAUGGUUUAAAAGAAAUGAACUACUACACAGUAUUGUUUGGAGUAUCUCGUGCUCUAGGAGUAUUAGCUUCGUUGGUUUGGGACCGUGGACUGGGUCUGCCUAUCGAACGCCCCAAAUCGUUAUCUACUGAAAAAAUGAAGGAAUUGGUCAGCAAAUUGUCUGCAAAAGCUGCAUAAACAAUAAUUUGGCUGUGUACUGUGUGAUUUUUUGUUAAUAUUUUCUUUUUUUUUUUUAAAGAAAAGUCCUGCAUAAAAAUCCCAUUUUUUUUUUUUAUCAUUUCUUGAACCCCCGUCCAAUUCAUUUCUUACAGUACCAAUUAAAUCAUUAUAUCUGUAUUUGCAAUACACUGUUAAAACUUAAAAGUUUUUGUUCUUUUUUUUUUUUUAAACAAUUUAUUUUAUUUUUAUGUUCUUGGACUUAUGAAAGUAAAUAUUCUAGAAUCUCUUGUAUACAUAAAAUUAGUUGUAACAUUUUCAUAAUUCUAUAGUUUAUUUAUAUUUAAAAAAAAGAGGCCAUUAUGCUUUUUCCUUUAGCGGAGAAGUAAGUAUACGCAAGUAUAACGCGUUGUUGUUUGUUAGUGUUCAUAUUAUUAUGUCAUGGACAAUAAAUUAUUAAUUUAUUAGAUAAAAUAUUGUUGAUUGUUUAUGUCUGGCAAGUGUAAAUAAUAAUUUUAGGAUCUUAUAUCAUACUUGCUAAUGUUGAAAGUUCAUUGUAUUAUUAAAUAACAAAAGUUUCAUAGUUUUAUUACCAAUCUGUUGAUUAAUUGUUGAAUUGAAACAAUUGUCGAUUAAUAUUGUGUUAUACAUUACAUAUUAAUUAUUAAUCGUCAUUAUUCAAUAAUUGUACAGUGUUGUUUUGCAAAUAAAUAUUACGUAUAGAGAUGUACUCUUCUGAUUAGUGAACUGAUUGUACGGCGACAGAAACUAAUAAAAAAAAAACUAAUCUAGGUAUUUUAAACAUUGUUGGGUAUGUU